GAAGAUCAUUGAGAGUAUAGUUAGCACACUGUGGUCCCAUUCUACCAAUGGCAUCCCAUUGUAUCAGCCCUAUACUUGUGCUACCAUCGCCCCUCUGUAUAAUACAGAACCCUUGCAGUGCCGCUGUCUGUCUGCAUUGCUGUGGAAGAUCCUCAGUGUGAUACAGUGCCAAUACAUUCUACCAAUGGCAGCCUCUUCCCAUCACAGUUGUCUUGCCUGUUGUUGCAGACCAGUGACCUUGGUUGGAGGGGAUUCCUGCUGUCCUGCUGUCAGCCCAGGUGUUCAGACACUUGGCUUGCGUUCUGUUUUCAAAUCCCUGAUUUUUCUUGGCCGUGUUUAUUUCCUGGCGCGAGCGCAGCGCCGGGAUAUUUUUUUCGAAAGAAAAACAACGAGCGCUUUCCUGCCAUUACUAAAAAUACGAGCCGUUUCCCCUGGCGUUCCUGGCUGCUUCCUGUCCCUGCGGGGGCCCGAAACAGGAAGCCAGCGGGUCCGGAACCGGCUCGCUUUUCCCGUGCGACGUUAUAAAGGGUCCCUCCCUGGCCGGGGAGAGGGGAGAAGGCAGAGAGACGGACGGUCGAGGCAGGCACUCGAUCCCACAGUCCGUAGGAUUAAUACUCCAAAGCGCUGGUUCGCUCCGUCCUGGAAAAAAACUAGACAAAAAAAAAUUAUAAAGUUGUCAUCCCUGCAGGUCAGGGUACGGAUUGCGAUCUGGUCUCCUCUCACGGAUGUGUCGGUAGUCCCGCCCACUCCAGCGCUGUCAUCACAGGAAGGAACCGCAACUCGAGAUUCGUCAUGGGCUCGUCUCGCACUGCAGUGGCGGAGGGAUACGUGAAGGAGUUCUCUGUCAGCGUGGGCGUCGUGCCGGCGGAGGGAUACGUGAAGGAGUUCACCCGGCACUCGAGCGCCGUGCUUCGGAACCUGAACGAGCUGCGACUCCGCGAGAUCCUGACCGACGCCACGCUGCUGGUGCGCGGAGCGAGACUGCGGGCCCACCGAGCCGUGCUCAUCGCCUGCAGUGGCUUCUUCUACUCCCUGUUCUCUCGCUGUGGCCCCGGGGCCCUGAGCGUCCUCUCCCUGCCGGAGUCUCUGGACCCCGAGGGGGUGUCCCUGCUCCUGGACUUCAUGUACUCGUCCCGCCUGCCGCUGUCCCCGCACAGCGUGGGGGGGGUGCUCGCUGCCGCCACCUACCUGCAGAUGGAGCACGUCGCAGACACCUGCCGCGCCUUCAUCCGCUGCAGUGGGGAGCGAACCACCUUUCACCCCAGACCAGGCCUAGAUUUCCCCUCUGCUGGGGUCUCUCUGCCGCCCCCUGCAGUCCUGCUGAGCGCCAGAGCUGUGCCUGUCAACGCACUCCGCUCUCCGGUAACGCGCACGUCGGCCUCCACACCACACGGGGGCGCUGUCCAGGACUCCCACAGACCACAGGGAGAAACUACCAGCUUCGGAUGCUGUGGCCUGGGGCUAGAUUUAGAGGCUGACCCACCGAGAGCCGCCCGGGAUGGGGUGAAGAUGGAGGUGGAUGAGAAGGGCCAGGGGGAGCUUUCGAUGGCGAGGCAGCCCGCUCUGUCCCCCCUCCCCACCCCAGACAGCCCCUCCCGCUCCAGCUGUCACCCCAACUCCCCCUCGGAGGCCAGCGGCUGCGGGAACCAGCCCCCCGACAACCCCACAAGCACUACUGUCACUGAAUCCAGUCCGAAUCGAGACCCUAAAGCUUGCAACUGGAAGAAAUACAAAUACAUUGUCCUGAACCCGCUAUGCAGAAGAGCUUCCAUCAAAGGAGAGGAAGGGGAGGGGCGGGAGGCGGGGCCGGAACCGUGCAACCACACCCCCACUGACAUGGACAGGAGGGGCUCUCCUGCCAGCCCCGCCCAGGAGGCGGAGCAUGAGGCAGAGAGGAGCCAAUCGAACAGGUGCUCUCAGUGUCAGGUCUGUCAGCAGAGUUUUCAGCAGGUCUCUGAACUCUGUCAUCACAUCCUGGUCACGCACCCCGGAGAAGACCUCCCACAAUUCCCCUCUCCCGCUCCAGUGGGAGGAGCCUAUACCUGCUCACUGUGUCAGCGCCACCUCACCAAGGAGGAAGUCCAGCAGCGCCUCUUCCUGCGUUGCCGUGGCGACGGAGACUGCGACGACAAUCCCAACCAAACCUUCAAGUGUGACAGCUGCUGCUCAGAGUUCCGUUACCGAGGCAACCUGACCGGCAACAAGACCGCCCACAGAGGUGAGAAGCCCUAUCGCUGCAGCGUGUGCGGGGCGCAGUUCAACCGUCCCGCCAACCUCAAGACUCACUCCCGAAUCCACUCCGGUGAAAAACCCUACCCCUGUGAGACCUGCGGGGCACGCUUCGUACAGGUGGCUCACCUGCGCGCGCACGUUCUCAUCCACACUGGAGAGAAACCGUACCCGUGUGAGACGUGUGGCACCCGGUUCCGACACCUGCAGACCCUCAAGAGCCACGUGCGCAUCCACACUGGAGAGAAGCCUUACCACUGUGAGAAGUGCGACCUUCACUUCAGACACAAGAGUCAGCUGAGACUGCACCUGAGGCAGAAGCAUGGAGCCAUCACCAACACCAAGAUCCGAUACAAGGUGCUGUCGGACCCCUAUAGAGCUCCCAUCAGCUCCUGCUAGACCCCCUCCGCUGCACCCACGCACCCAAUCAGGCUGGCUCCACAACAUGGAGACGCCGAAAAUAUGUUUCUGCUAAAGCUGACCCAAAGACUGGUCCCACGUUAGCUAAAAAGCUGUAGGACAGCACAGGUGUACAGCUGUGGACAAAGGUUUUGCCCUAAAAGGAUUGAGACAUAAUUAAAAAACUAUAUGAGCAUACAAUUACCCAUUUAUACAGUUGGGUUUUUACUGGAGCAAUCUAGGUAAAGUACCUUGCUCAAGGGUACAGCAGCAGUGUCCCCCACCUGGGAUUGAACCCACGACCCUCCGGUCAAGAGUCCAGAGCCCUAACCACUACUCCAAACUUGCUGAAUAAUGUUACGUUAACUUAUUAAAUUACACACCACUUUGUAGUUUUCCACAUAGAGAAAAACUGACAACAAUUGAAAAAUGUGACACUGAAAUCUAACAGGAUAUACUACUGUACUGCUAUUAUGGCUUCCGGUAGACUUUUUUGCAAGAUCAUUUUGUAGUUUCUUUGAUUACAUGAUUAUUAUGUUCAUGUAGCUGUUGUUUUUUGAAAUCUCAAUCCUAAAAUUCCAGGCGAUCCAUUACAAUUACCCAUUUAUACAGUUGGGUUUUUUACUGGAGCAAUCUAGGUAAAGUACCUUGCUCAAGGGUACAGCAGCAGUGUCCCCCACCUGGGAUUGAACCCACGACCCUCCGGUCAAGAGUCCACAGCCCGAACUACUACUCCACACUGAUAUUGCAAAAAAGUCUACCGGAAGCCAUAAUAGUAGUACAGUAGUAUUUCGAAAUGUCACCUUUUUCAAUUACUAAACUAAGUGUAUGGAAAACUACAAAGCGUUGUGCGAUUCAAUAUGUUAACGUAACAUUAUUCAGCAGGUUUCAUUCGACUUUAUGAAGCAAAAUGUGCUCAUUCUAUAGCGGGGUGCAAAACUUUUGGCCAGGGCUGUGUAAGAGUUUUAAUAGUUUAUUCCAGUAUAAGACUUUGUCACUGAACUUCUGUUUCUAAAUUUCGCACGGUUGACUGUUCGAUAGCUCUGGAGGAAUCCAAAGUGAAUGCUGAAGAAAAGCCAAAGAAUGCAUUACGAAUGCAAAACACAACCAACAGGAUUCAUAUUUUUGAAUUUGCUGAAAAAAAAAAAAAAAUCGAGUUAGCUGGGAUGUUUGAGUCUCUCUGGGAGAGAUUAUUUAGUUACGCUGAUAUGAAAUGGAUAUUUUUAGUACAGGUAUUUUUAACAGCUGGGUUUCGGAUAGUAGGAUGAGUUGAGAUAUUUUAGCAAGGGUUUUUUACAGAGAGAGUGGGGGAGGAGUCAACGGGGCAUGACAUCACACUCCGCAGGCGGAGUCAACCCCAUACCCCGCCCUUAACCCCGCCCCCCCACACUGGAACAGCCCAAUGGGCUGAAUGUAAAUAGCGCUCUCUCAAAACACACCAGCCACGGCAUAGAGUCUCGCUAUCCCUCGAACGAGGCUAGCCAAAUAACCUGGUGUCGGUCCCCCUCGAAUAUUUGUUCCCACCAGCGAACUUCUGUUCAUCCUUCAUGCAUGUUUGUUAAGUUCUAUUGCUGUGUAAAUUCUGCAGGUGUAAUGCUGGUGAAUGGGAGCUGUGUUUGCAGGCUGUUCUCAUGUAUUAUUAUAGGUGAGACUGGACCUGCCAGAGGGGACUGGAUGGGGCAGGGUUAGGGGUAGGGGUAGGGAAAGGUCUUAAAUGAAGGUUUUAGUUGAAAGUACACAGAUAUAGACUUGUACGCAAAGGUGACUUUGUUACAAAAAAUAAAGGGGGUACAAAUAUUCAGAAGGGGAACCAACAUUCCUGAAUAUUCGUUCCUGGGGGAACAAAUGUUCUGUGACACCGGACAGGUAUUAUCACUUACUUGUAUUGCAUUGAUUACAAUGAAGCUUCAUUGUAGUAUACUGUCUAUUAGACUGAACACAGUAAUUAACAACACGCUGUAAACGGUAUAUAUAUAUAUAUGUAAUGGUUUAAUGUUGAUAUCAUGUUUUAUCAAUCGUGAAACCGAAUGACAGGGAGCUGUGAAUAACUCUUUGCCUCCUCUUUAAAUAUUAUAAGAUGCUGUUUAUGCUUUGAGAGCAGUUAACUGCAGGAUCUAUACAACAGAAUAUUGAAAAAAAAAAAAUAUUAAAUUAAAUAAUUGUCUUUUUGCUGGCCAAAGAUAUCUGCUAAGAAAAACCAAAACGCGUGUCUGUAAAAUGUUUCUGUUUUCUGUUACAACUGGAUUAUCCUGGGCUAGUUACUCAAAGAUAUUUACUUCAAAUUGCCACUAGCGAUGUCCGACCUGUUCUACGCUUCCAUUGGCUGCAUAGGUCCCAAGUGUGCAGUUUUGAAAGAAACACAUGUUAUCAUGGAUUUGAAUUUUAAAACCUGUCUGGUACUGCACUUAGUUUACAGAAAGUUUUCGUUCCUUAUUCUCAGGAUAUCUGUUACACUUCUUCGGUCACCUCAGCAGUGUUUUCUGGGGCAUGUUACUGGCUGAAAGCCUGUCCGUCAAAAGGGGAAGCAGCUGGUUCACGACAGGAAGUGCAACACUAUCUGAAAGCAGGGCUUGCAAACAGAGAUUUCUUUCACCAAGCACCAGAUGGGUAUGCAACAGCUGUAUAGCAGGUCAAAUGUUUGCUAUAAUUGUGUUAGACACCCUCACUUUUCAUAUAGAGGUAAGUGUAGAAUUGUACUGAUAUUUUCCUGGUGGCGAUUCGGAUUAAACCCCUUUGAGUAUCUUGCUCAUCGUCUUUCAGAAGUAUUGCUGGUUCAAAACCGUUUUUGUGUAUUUUGUAAGCAGUUUGUGUUGAUUUGUUUUAGACCGCGUCUGGUUUUGGAACAAAGCGAUUCCUUCUUUUACCAGUCGCCCUAGUUCCAAACUGGUACCUGCUGGUUCCCAGUUCCUCGGCGCUACUGGGGCUCGACGCUGUGCAUGAGCGGUCUGUUUUGUAAACUAAAUAUCUUACUAUCUCACUAAAUAUCUUACUAUCCCUGAACAGAUCUCCUCUUUAAAUACAUGCAAGCGAUUUGAAUUCAAAACCCCUCUCACGGGUGCAGUGGUUUCCAUACACAGUAACAACUUACUCCCAAUGCAGAAUGGCUCUGCGGGGCAUUCGUUCUUCAUUUUACCCCAAAGCAUGUUUCUGCAUUGUUGACUAAAUUCAGUGUGGUCUCGUUUUCCACAGCACGUUUUGAUUGAAGUAAUAAAAACCAUCCCAGUAAUACGAUGUCAUUUCCAUGGUUACCUUCACUUCGAUUGUAUUGUAAUGUCUGUGUUAUCUGCAAAGCUGGCUUUGUUUUCUGUUACUGGCCCCUCUAUCUGCUUGUUCAAUAAAGCUCUGAUACCUUCUCAA